GGACCGAGAAUCACCCCGGCUCUGGUGCUACUCGGCAUCCACCUGGUCAAGAAGUCCGCCGGGGAGUACUGAAGCUCGGAUGGAGAUGACAUGUUGACCAAGGUACCGUAUGUAUGCUAAAAACCGGCGUGAAAGAUGGACCAAAUAAAGGCAAGAGCUUCUACAUUUGCGUUGACAAGCAGGGCUGUGCUUUCACUCAACAGGCCAAUGUCCCGCCUUCCCAUUGUCUGCAUCAUGAAGAUUCAGUGGUGGAGCUCCAGGCUCUCAGUUACAGUCAACAACAGCAGGGCCACCGGCUUUACUACAGAUGUGCUGUUGGAAAAAGAACAGGACAGAGAUGGUGUGGAAAUGUUCCCUGGACUGCUCCAGAAAAAGAAAGGAGGACCCCUCUAACUGACUCCCAGCUGCAGUCCUCCUGUCUUCCACGUGUCAGAAAUCCAUUUAAGGUUCCCAACAAGACGGACAAAGCCUCAGAGUGGAGAAACAUGCAGAGUGGUGGGCGUGAAGAGAAGGAAGCUGAUUCUGAUUCUGAUUCUGAAGAGAAGAAAAUAGGCAAAGCAAGUUAUAAUGUGAAACAGAGACACAGUUCCCAGAAGGAAAAUGUGGAGGCUGUAGGUGCAGGUGUGGAAGCAGAAGAGGAAAGAAAGUUAAGUGCAUCUGAAACAUAUCGAGGUAAACUGCUCCCACCAGGUAUGAAGUUAAAGAAGAGGAUUUCAAGGGAGGAAAGUAGCAACUCCAAAGCUGAGAGUGACGAUGAAACAGCAGUUAGGGUACAAGACGAGGCUGAGGGAAAUUCUGCUGAGGAAGAAGCAGAAAAAACGAUUUCUACACUUGACACUGUUGUCGAUGUUAACCAUUUUGAGAAAAUCGGCCAAAUGUGCCCUGAUCUUAAAAAAAACAUACAACCGAAAGCAACCGAUAGUCAAACCCGGUCCAUGAGUGAACCUGAACCUGUAGCAGAGACGACCACUGUCAAAUCUGAGCCCAGCAGAGGAACAGAUUGUGCAGUUUCAGCAGAUGUUUGUUCAGAUGAAACGGAAACCCACCAAGAUGAGAAGGAUGACGAUGUAGUGUUGGUUUCAGUGAAACCGGGAACUCAGAAAACUCCUCCGGCUUCUGCUGUCCAAAAGACAAUCACCAGCUUCCCUGGGUUUCAGUCGGCUGCCAAGGUGGGGGAUCCAAAAGGGAUGCACAGCAUGCUCAGUGCGCAGCUCCAACAAAAGAAGGCCACUCUGUGUUUGGUGAACGUAGCGGCUCUGCCAGAUAAAGGAGAGAGGCUGAGGAUUCAGGUUAAAGAGCUGGAGGAUGCUCUGGAGUCUCUUAGCCUUGCUGCUGCUUCUCAGCCUGAGUGUGUGGAUGAAUCUAAGAGCAAUGAUUCUGCUGCUGGUAGGACCGCUGGCAAUUCAUUUAGCCGGCAGGGUGGUACCGUCCUCCUCCCUUCCCCCCCAGUACCAGGCCCAGUCCAACACCAAGCCUGUAGCAGCUCUCUGGGGAUUCAGGGAAACACCCAAAGGUUUGGAGCAGAUCUUCAGAUGGACCCUUAUUAUGGUGGCAGGAUGACAAAUGACCGUCUGCUGGCGGUGAAAAACGCUACCUGUGAAGCCAUCGACCAUCUUCACAAAUCCCUGGAGUCCUGUCCACACCCUGAGGAGGAGACUUCAGACCCCAGGGGCAUCAAGGUGCCGCUCUUGGCCCAUCAGAGGAGAGCCUUGGCCUGGCUGCUCUGGAGGGAAACUCAGAAUCCAUGUGGAGGAAUUCUGGCGGAUGACAUGGGUUUGGGGAAAACUCUGACCAUGAUCUGUCUCAUGCUGACAAAGAAGAUGGAAGCCAAAAAAGAAGGUGAAAAGAAGGAAGAGAAGAAGUUGGACCUUUGGUUGUCUAAAACCGAUUCCAGCAUUGUUGUCUCUAAAGGCUCUCUGGUCAUCUGUCCUGCCUCCCUGAUUCACCACUGGAAGAAGGAGAUUGAAAGACAUGUCAAGACGGGGAAGAUGUCUGUGUAUCUGUACCACGGGGCCAGCCGCGAGAAAAGUGCCAAAGCAUUGGCAGAUUACGAUGUGGUAGUGACCACAUACAAUUUGGUCUCUAAGGAGAUUCCAGUCCAAAAGGAGGAUGCUGAUGACCCCAGCAAAGAUCCAGAUCAUAUGUCAUCACGUUCAGCACCUCUACUGCGAGUGUCCUGGGCCCGUGUGAUCCUGGAUGAAGCCCACAACAUUAAAAAUCCCAAAGUGCAGACCUCUAUGGCUGUCUGUCAGCUUAGAGCCCGCGCCCGCUGGGCUGUCACCGGGACCCCCAUCCAGAACAACCUGCUGGACAUGUACUCACUGCUAAAGUUCCUGCGUUGUUCUCCAUUCGAUGAGUACAAGCUCUGGAAAGCUCAGGUGGACAACGGCUCCACCAGGGGCAGAGAGAGACUCAACAUCCUGACGAGGACUCUGCUGCUGCGACGAACCAAAGAUCAGCUCGACUCGAUGGGAAAACCACUGGUGUCUCUGCCUAACCGGACAUGUGAAGUACAUCAGCUCAAACUCUCUGCGGAUGAGCAGGCUGUAUAUGAUGUGGUGUUUGCUCAGUCCAGGUCUACUCUCCAGAACUAUCUGAAGAGACACGAAGGGAAGGAUUUGGACAAGGGAAACACUUCCUGUCUCAAUCCGUUUGAAAAAGUGGCCCAAGAGUUCAAUGUGUCCCGGGCUGAUCCUGCUGGGUCGAGCCCUCGGCAGGCAUCUAGCGCUGUUCACAUCCUCUCACUGCUGCUGCGUCUCAGACAGUGCUGCUGCCACCUCUCACUUCUUAAAAAGACAUUGGACUCAUCGGAGCUACAGGGUGACGGGAUAGUCCUAUCACUGGAGGAGCAGCUGAACGCUCUGUCGCUCUCCUCGACCCCCUCCCCAUCGGGUGGUGACCCCAAAGACACAGUGGCCCUUAAUGGCACCCGGUUCCCAUCACAGCUGUUUGAGGUGACCAGUAAAGGCACCAAGAUUUCUGCCAUCACAUCUGAGCUCAUGACAAUAAGAAACAAGGGUGACGAUCAGAAAAGUGUGAUCGUGUCACAGUGGACCAGCAUGCUCAGCAUCAUAGCACUUCAUCUGCGGCAGAUGGGCUUGACUUACGGAGUCAUCGACGGCACCGUGAACCCCAAACGGCGCAUGGACGUGGUGGAAGACUUUAACACAAACCCUAAAGGACCCCAGGUUAUGCUGGUUUCUCUAUGUGCUGGUGGGGUUGGACUCAAUCUUACUGGAGGGAAUCAUCUCUUCCUCAUUGACAUGCACUGGAACCCAGCCUUGGAGGAUCAGGCCUGUGACAGGAUCUAUAGAGUCGGACAACGUAAAGAUGUCACCAUUCACAGGUUUGUGUGUGAAGGAACAGUAGAGGAGAAGAUUGCCACACUGCAGACAAAGAAGAAGGAGCUGGCCCAGAAUGUGCUCUCAGGAACAGGAAGCACAGUCUCCAAACUCUCCCUGGCUGAUCUAAAAAUCAUUUUUGGGGUUUAAAAAAAUGAAAGUCCGGAGGUCAUCCUCUAAUAAAUGUUUACAUAUUUGUUUGCUUGUUAUAUUUGUGAGUAUCAUUGUAAACCUCUGAAAAGUCUGGAAAUAACCAAAUAAAGAUAAGGUAUUAAAAUACUUUAAUGAAAGCCUAUCAUUGUUUGUUCCUCCACUGCAAAACUAGUGACUUAAUAACUGUAAGGCUGCUUCACUAUGUUCCCUACAGCUAAUGCUUCACAGCUGUUGAUUUACAUUUUUAACCAUUACAUGCAGAUGCUGAUAAAAAAUGGCUAAACUUAUAGAUGGAAAUACCUUUUACAGUAAUGCUGUAAUACCUGUGGCAGUGUAGAUAUGUCACUCUGAAAUGUUCUAUUAAUGUACUAAAAAUAAAGGUUAUUUUGUAUAUUUUUCA